CGUGUCCAUGUUGCUGAUAUAGGCCUAAAUCCAUCUAAACCAGAUGUUUUAGAAGUAUUUGAAAAGUUUGGCCCCAUCACAGAAGUCUGGGUCGCCAGAAAUCCCCCCUGUUUUGCUUUUGUUAUUUUCCGGCAUAUUGAAGAUGCAGAGAGCGCAAUCAGAGACUGUGACGGAAAAUAUGUAUCUGUUUUUGGCAGUCGAAUUCGAGUAUCAUUCGCUAGACCGAGAACCAGAGGACAGAAACGUCGUCAUGGCUUCGACCCUAACUUGAGAUGUUACCAAUGUGGAGAAAAAGGUCACUUCUCACGAGAUUGUUCAGAUGUCUCCAGGCAACGGAGA